AUGGAAGAAACUCUUCACACUUCUCAUCAUCUAAUACAAGGUCUCAGAUGCGAUUAUUCUGGCUGUGGUAAAAUUUUGAGCUCAAAAUACAACCUGAAACGCCAUAUCGAGUCCUGUCACUAUGGUUACCGUCCUUAUGAGUGCCCAGUUUGUUUUAAGCGUUUUUCGUCAAAGCAGAAUAAAAGGGAGCAUGUAAGACUAGAGCAUAACUAUUCCCAUGACGAUUAUCGGGCUCCUACAAGUAUAGAUAGUCGAAAUGUUUAUAUUAUUUAUUGCAUUAUUUAUAGGAUGGGCUUCAAACGUCAGGAUAUUUCCCACGUGUGAACCCAAAUCCCAUAUGUGGAGUUUCCCCACUUGAGUGACCCCUUGUUUUCAUACGUGGGAAAGUGUCCGACGUGCGAAGUCCAUCACAUUAUAUAAAAGUAAAGAUUAAAUUGCACGCCCUUAAGACUACCUUGACUUCAGGAAAGGUGGCCUACGAUGGGCGCGGAUGGUCAAAACUGGCUGGGUCUACUUGGCUCUACGGCUCUGCCUGGCAGUCCGGCUUUACCUGGCAGUCAUACUUUAUCUAACUCUAAUGGCUCUACUGGCACUACCUCAAAUUCUAUAGAGAUUAUAUGUUUAUUAAUAAUUUUUAAAACGAUAGCAUCUAAUAUUAAAUCAAAAAUAAUAUCAAGGACAAAAAAUCCUUUACUUAUUGAGCUUGCAUAUUGUUUUGAAAAUUAAUCCAUAGUUUUAUAAUGAAUAGUCUUUAAUAAUUGAAAAGCAUAGAGAUAUAUUAAAAAAAUUUAUAAAUUAAAGCGGAAUAUUAAUUAUCAAUUCAUGUCUGCUUUUUAAACUUAGAAAUUAAAAUUUUGAAGCAUAAAAACUAUAUAUAUUAAAAAGGAAUAUAAAUGCCCCGAAAAAUAUUGAUUGGGAAAUUAUGAGAUUAGGAUUAUUAAGGUCAGGCGCUAGCCAUAUUGGUGACUCAGUCACCAAAGACCUCUCGUAUGGGAGGUUCUACCGCUUUUCGACUCCAGCCCAGAGGGUCCAUCCCUCUUGCGAGUGCCCUUCCGGUACCUUCUGUCUCCUCCUUGCCUUGAGGCUUCAGUCUUGAGUGGGCGGCUUAUGGAUUUCUGCAACCCUCUCCUUGAAGUCUAUCGGGUGUCGAAGUGCCUUUCUUUGACAGCUACACGAAAAAGACUGUUCCCCUGUGGCCUGGGUCGAAACCCCCCAAUUUCUCGGUAGAGGAAUGCUCAUGGGUAAUUCGGAUCCAGAGGAAGAUGUUGAGCACCUCAUUUCCAACCAUAGAAAAGUAGCCAAAACCUACGCGGAUACACACCUCUUGAGCCUGCACUUGAUUCUCGGCUCGGAGUCCGUCCCAAUUCGUCGUAGCCAUAAGGUCUGGACUUCUACACCAAGAGGGCAGACUGAUACGUGUCGCCAUUUUAAUGUAUAUAGACCACCUGGCUGAAUAUGGAAACCUUCGGGGAGAAACAUAAUUCUUUUUGGCAAGGCUUCUCCAAGCCUGAAGGCCUUUCAAAAAGGACAGAGUCCCAGUUUUCAGCUUCAUCAGGAUGGGUCCAACCUGCUCAAUAGGGAGUGAAAUGCCACCAUUUAUUUUAAAUGUUUAUAUAGGAAUCCCAAAAUUAACCUCAAUGCUACUGAAAUCGCAAGACCCUGACAUACGCCCGCUAUCAAGAAUAGAAAGGUUUUACCUUUACGCAGAAGCAAUGUUCUCUUAUCAUUUGUACCCUGUUGAAACAGAAAGAAUGAUUCUAGAGACUGACUUGCCUUCUUUUGAAGCGACCAAGAAAAUGUUGAAACUAAACUAA